AUGACUGCUUUCUUCUUCAUUUGCGUCCUCGACCGCUACUUCGCUCUCUUCCAUGAAUAUCGUCGCCGUCUAACCCAGCGCCCGCUUGUCCUUGCGCUCGCCCCAGGAGGUUCUGCGCGCUGCCGCAGAGCCCUGUCCUCUCCUUCAUCCAUCCAGAUCCUGGUCCAGCGUUGUCGAGCGCACACAAGUUGGAGCAGUCGCCGCUCGUUGCAUACAUCCGACAACAACACCAAGAGGCUCCCGGCCAUGGCCUCGCGUCCAGAGAUUCGCCGUCGCCGCUCUGCGGCCGACGGCACGCCCGUGGAGCCCUCCAUCUUGGCUUCGGCCCUUGGAUCCGCCGCAUCUUCGGCAUCAUCAUCGUCGCCAUCACCAUCGCCAUCACCCCUGACGAGCAAGCUCAGCAAGCAUCGAAGCCUGGACGGCAGCAUCUGGUCCACGCCGCCUUCGUCCAAGCGCCAUUCACGCACCGGCUCUGCUUCUCGCGUCCCAAACAGACUGUCACUCACUCUUCCGAUUGCGCUGCCAACCAGCGAUCCUACGAGACCUACACCCACAACGACGGCAUCUACGCCCCUUUCCAUACCCCCCACUCCACGGCAUCAUCCAGGUCCGCCGUCGCCUUGCAACGUGGACGAGUUCAUAAGGACAAUCGCCGCAAAGGAGCGCAGGGUACUCGAGCUGAGAGAGGCGCUGGCCCACGAAGAGUCGGAACUUGCAGCGCUCAAGAAGCAGUUCUGCUCGGUGGACGCCCUUCGCAAUCGAGACGGCGGCCUCCAUGAUCCCACCAGCAGAGAAUUUACCCCAGCUGCGGACGGGGGCUCGCAGUCACCCAGAUGCAGCGUCGACGUGGACCACCGCAGGAGCCUCCUGCUGCAAACUCAAAACCAAGGUACGCCUACACAGAACCGCAGGACGGCCUUUAGGGGACGCCAUACCCGUACACUGUCCCUUCUCUCGCCGGCGAGACCCAAACCCGAAUUCUCCGUCUUGGAGGACAAGAUGGGGCCAGAUACCCCGUCUUCGUCAUAUCAGCACAGGACAACUCAGGCCGCCAACCCGGUGCUGGCAAAGAGGGCGUCGUGGCAGCCCCGAAGCCAGCAAAGUCCACUUGCUGCCUCGCAGUUCAUGCAAGACGUCCGGCUCGGCUUCAAGGCCUUUGUGGAGGAUAUUCGACAGAUCACGAUUGGUGAUGAGCCCAUUCUUGGGCACAGCGAGAGUCCUUUGCAACAACACCGGACCGGGUCGACGAGCCGCGCAGGGCCGUCCGACCAGGCCCGUUGUAGAAACGGCCAGGCAGUCCAGAGCAGAGCGAGCCCUUUGGAGGCGUCGGCGCCCGCGGCAACGGCUUCGCCAACGCCCACGAGCUCUGAAAAGGACGUGUCGCUGGAAAGGUCGCGGCCCGCAAAGAGCAAGCAUUUCUCCUGGACGCCGCUGGGCUUUGAUUCCCUCGACGACACCGACUGGGCCAGUUGGGAGUCUCCCGUCGCCCCCAACACCACGCGCUGGAGCGGCUCGACUGUGCACGACGCAGCAAUGGACGACAUUCAGAGCAUCUCCGAGCAUGAGGAGCACGCAACUCCAGUGAAACCAAAAAACUUGGAAACCCCCAUCCUAUCCCCAAACAAACUCGAAGAAAUCUUCCCCAACGUGGUCAACCGGUUGUCGCCCAGCAACAUCAAGCGCACGGCCAACAAUCUCCUCGACGAGUGGGAGAAGUCCCUGGUGGCACCCACGGCGUCGGAGGAGCAGCAGCAGCAGGCCAACAAGGAAAACACGGCACCGACAAGGACAUGA